AUGUGUGCUUCUCUUUUGACGAAGCCAGGUCUCGGAGAUUUCCAAAAAGCUGGGGCACACUACAUUCUGGCCCACUCGCCCGAAGACUAUGUUUUCCAUGCCCAGGAGGCGCUGCGUCUUUACAAGGGGCUGCCCGAUUAUACUGAAGAAAUGAGAGAGGCCCGAGACAAGUGGAUCGCCAACGCAGAAAAGGCCCUCCAAGUCCCUUUGGAAGACGACGCCAAUCUGACGUACGAGGAGGUCGACGACGUCGUCGAAAAGAUGAUCGACAAAGAGUACCAUGAUCGUAUCCAAGCAAUUGUGGAUAGCUUGCAAGAACAGUAUGACGAACAGUUCGACAAGGAGGAGAUUGAAUUCGAACUAAACGAUUAUUUCGAGUGGGUGCCGGUGUCUGAGGAGAGUACUCAGCACGAGAGUGUCUCCGACAGUGAAAGCAACAACGAAAUUGGCGACAUUGGCAACGGCUCUGGCGAGAGAGUGACAGAUCUGGAAGUUGGUAUGGCCACUAUCAAUCUCUGCUCGCGCUGCACGAGCCCUCUCUAG